UGACUCAGCCGUACUCCACGGCUGCGCAGUCGGGAUCAGGGAGCCUUCCGCGGACUCUCGCGAGUCCCACCAGGCCCCGCAACGUUUGGGGUGAAUCUCGCGAGACUAGGAGCGGCGAUGGCAGGUGGCCGGCUGGUCGCCGAGGGCCGGCUGAGCGCCGCUUGUUUCGUGCUCGGAGUUUCCGUCGUCCUGGUGCCGGGACUCAUCGGGACCCAGUCCGCUCUCAUCAGUCGUGCGCUGCUGGCACUCUACCUAGCUGUCAUUAACGUCCUGUUACUGCUGUUGUAUCGAGGGCUCCAUUACCAGAUUGCUGUUAGGGCCUGUUUCCUUGGUUUCGUUUGUGGCUGUGGUUUAAUACUGAGCUUUGGAGGAUCAUCGUGGCAACAUUUUGGAUGGUAUUUGUGCUCUCUGAGUUUUUUCCAUUAUUCAGAAUACCUUGUGACUGCAGUUAUUAAUCCCAGGUCCCUCUCUCUAGACUCUUUCUUGUUAAAUCAUAGUGCAGAAUACAAACUAGCAGCCAUGUCUUCCUGGGUGGAAUUCACCAUUGAGAAACUUCUCUUUCCGGAUAUGAAGCAAGUCACAUGGCUCAGUUACCUUGGUUUGCUGAUGGUCCUAUUUGGGGAAUCGCUGCGCAAAGCAGCCAUGCUGACAGCUGGGUCAAAUUUUAAUCAUAUUGUACAGAACGAGAAGGCAGAGUCCCACAGGCUCGUCACCUCUGGAGUCUACUCUUGGUCCAGACAUCCAUCCUAUGUGGGAUGGUUUUACUGGAGUAUUGGCACUCAGGUAAUCUUGUGUAAUCCCAUCUGCAUCGUAGGGUACACGUUGGCCUCAUGGCGUUUCUUCCGUGAACGUAUUGAAGAAGAGGAGAUGACUCUGAUCCAGUUUUUUGGUGAAGACUAUGAACUGUAUAAGAAACAGAUUCCAACACGGCUUCCCUUCAUCAAAGGUGCAAAACUAGAACCAUGAAGUGAGAAAAGACAAUAAGAAAGAAAUGCACAAUCAAAACGGGCUAUGACUACAGGCUGCCGUUAACCCUUAGCACCUCAAUAUUGUUUGAUUUCAAUCUUGAAAAGAAUUCCACAGCUGUUGCUGUUGAGAAUAUCUUAGCUAGCUUCAAUCUGUUAGAGCAAGAGUGUGGUGCUGCAGAGGACAUAUCUGUAAAGGAGCACUGUUGUGGAUAGUGGGAACUGAAUACACAGUGCAAAUUUUAGAGGCCACUCGCUCCAGCUAUUGCUUUGACAAAGCCAUUCAUUAUAGACUUUGUACUUCACAUAAAGACUGUUUUUGACCAAAAAAAUUUCAAGGAGGGCUGCUUUAUACUAUUUAGGGAAGAUGCAUUAUUGCAAUGUACCAACAUACUGUAUCAGGAAAAGUAAAUUCCAUAAUUAUCGGUCUUACUGUAAACACAGAUAAUCAUGGUUUGUUAAAGGUCGGUGGAUUUCCUUUUUAUUUUGUCAUGACCAGAGCCUGUUAUGUUUUGUUCAGGAAGAUGCUGAAAUUAAUGAUAUUUUACAUUGAAAUUUUUUUUUAGAAAAUGGAGGACCAGCUUUUCACCUCUGGAUCCUGGUUACAUAAGCAUAAAGUUUCCCUUACCAAGGACCCUUCAUAAAACUGAUUUGAUGUCUCAACCCAAUUCCUACCAGGCAUGGGCCUGUCUUUCAAAACCUGCUUCUCAUUUUGGAUGAAUUGUCCACUAAAUUGGCUUUCUCACAAGAGAAGUGGGCUGGGAGUGGUCAUAGUUGGGCGACCAUCUGAGAUUGGAGCUGAGUCAUCAUUGGGGUACUGUUGAGGGAGCUUUGCUGUGUGCUGUACCUGACCUGGAACCACUAAAUGGUGACUUUGAGUGCCUGAACUGAAACUGUCUCUUCCCAUCCUUCACCUUGAGAAAAAAUAUACACAAAAAUUGAUCACCACCUAUUCAGUACAAUUUUUGUUACUUCUGCACCAUUGAGGGAGAAUGGGAAAAGUAUUACCAUAUUUAAAUAUGGGGGAAAAAACUGAAAAUGCUGGAAAUGUUAAAUAAAAACAGGUGCUUACCUGAAAUAUUAAGCUAUCUCUUACAUUUUGCAUGCUGACUGAUUCACUGCUUUUGGGCAUUUUCUAGAUUUUGUGGCAGCAUGGUCAUGCUCUUCUAUCACUUCAAUCCCAGCCCUGAGUUACCACGAGCAGAGUUGGUGCAUAUCCACAAGUGCACAAAUGAGGGAAAUUUGCUAUUAGCCACAUUUCCUUUUGGAGUCUAUCAAUUCAUAUCUUUUAAAUUAAAGAAAAACAUGCAUCAAAGCAUAAUCUGUGAUUUUUGAAGUUGUCUGAUUCUAAUAUCAGUUUUUCUUGUCUCCUUCCUGACACUCUUGCCUAGGACCAAAGAACACGAGAACAGUUUCCCAUUGAUUAUUAACCCAUAUCCCAAUUUGAUACUUAUUUAUCCUACAAAGUUUGAACUUUUAAUAACGUUUCUUUUGUGCUGUAUUUUUAAAUAUAGAAACAUGCCUUCUUGCAUCACUGGUAUAACGAAAAAGAAUACUAAGGCAGGUCCUCAUAAUGAACAGUAUCUCAUCCAGUGUAAGGAUAAGGGGAGUGCUUCCAAUAAACUAGCAUAGAUACAAUGAGCUGAGUAGCCUCCAUCUAUACUCGUGUUUCUAUGAUUUUUUUUAAGAUGAGCUAAUAGUGCUGGGGGAGGUGUGGAGGUGUAGCAUGUAUGGCAAGGUGUUAGAGAGCAAAGGCACAACAGCCAGAGGUAGGCUGAAGGGAAUCUUUUAGUGUAUCACCAGCAGAGCUUGUAAUGCUGAAUCAAUUUGCUCAUCAAUGUGAAGGAGUUGGUGAUUAGCAAGCUAGAAUUGUUAAUGUCCACAGUAAUUUGUAUCCAUGUCCAUAAGUCAAGUUAGACAGGAGAAAAUGAAAAGUAAAUUGAAGGCCUUUCUAAAUUACUGCAGGGUAACUCCAUUGUAAUUGUUCUGAUUGGGUAAUUAUCGUAAUUUAGAGAAAUGAUAUGAACUUGUUUCAUCUUUUUAAGUAGCUCAAACUUAAGACAACUCAUUUUGAAGGACAAAUGCCUUUCUGAUUUUUCUUAGUUCAAGUGGACACAUUGAAAGUUUUGCAAUGACUAAAUGUGUGUAGGAAAGUUAUGAAAAAAUUGAAGAUUCUGGAAGUCUGAAAUAAAAACAGGAAAUUCUAGAAACAGUCAGCAAGUAAGCAGCAUCCACAGAAAGAGAAAUAGUUAAUGUUUUGGGUUGAAGAUCUUUCAUCAGAACUGGGGAAGAGAAAACCAGUUCGUUCUAAGGGUCAGGGAGGGAUGGAAAGUUGG